AUGUCCGACGACGACGAGUACUACGAAUGGGAAGAAGAUUAUCCAUUCGAGGAUGUUGGCCCUGACGUCGUUGACGAAUUAGCAGCAUCUGCCAACUACGAAGCGAUUCUUUUCGAGGACCCCAAGUUUGAAGUCGAGGACUAUCUCAGCGACUGGGAAUAUUACUCAGAUGACUACCAUGAUGACGACCCAAGCGUGAAGCAAAAUCCUGGUGUCGCAAGUCAAAUUGAUGCUGCCUCCAAAUCGCAACGAUCGCGCCCGAAGGCCCGAACAAAUCAGACGCGGUCAUCCAAGGCGCCCGAUCCAAAUACCUUUCAGGGGGUGAUCUGGCGCACCCCCUUGAUGAGUGAUGAAUAUAAUGUAAUGGUUCAGAUUUAUGAACCUGGGAGCGGUGAACGGGUCGCGCUGCUUGACAACUGGCGCGAAAUUUUCAAAUCUGCGCAGCCAGCACUGGACAAGUCCCGGCUGCGCGACAGACGCGCCAAGGCGGCAGUACCAGCCGAGAUGGACUUUGCAGACGAUGAGCUUCUCUGUGAGGGCGACGAGGAGAUGGACAGUUCGGAUGCAAUGUCUGAUGCCUCUUCUGUCAACAACUUGCUGGAAAUGGAGGAUGCAGGGGAUGCAUCGAAUACCACACCCGAAGUGGUGGAGUCCCCGGAGCCGACAGGUCCCAAGCCUUCAUCUCCCCUGAAACGGGGUCGGAAACGAAAAGCCGACGUGCCUCCUGUGGAAGAGCUGGACAAGGACGAUGCGGGAGGCGGCCUUUCCCACACCCGUGCCAAGCGUUCUGCAGCAGCACGCGAGGCUCCUGCUCGCGCAUCACCAGAGAUCUCAUCUGCCCCGGUUAGAAGAUCGGCACGACACAAGAAAUGA